AUGUAUCUUUUGGCUCAGAGGAAUGACUGUUCCUAUAACUUGAAGGAAAACAUGUUGAAUGACAGAACAGAAUCCAGUAACAUGACAAUAGGAAUAAUUGGCUUGUCACAGACUGUAAUGGGAAUACUGGGCAACUUCUGUCUGCUUUACCAUUACCUCCUCCAUGGUCACACUAAAGGCAGGUUGAGGGCCACAGAUCUGAUUCUCAAGCACCUGACUAUAUCUAACUCCUUGAUCAUUCUCUCUGAAGGAGUCCCCCAAACAGUCGUGGCAUUUGGGUUGAAACAUUUUUUAAAUUAUUUUGGGUGCAAACUUCUUAUGUAUGUUCAGAGAGUUGGCAGGAGUGUAUCCAUCUGCAUGACUUGCCUCUUGAGUGUGUUCCAGACCAUCAUGAUCAGCCCCAUGAACUCCUGUUGGAAGGAUCUUAAACUCAAAGCCCCAAAGUACAUCGGCUUUUCAGUUUCCCUUUGCUGGAUCCUCUACAUGGUUGUAAAUGUAAUUGUUCCAAUGUAUGAGUUGUACAUGUUUGGAAAAGGGAGUGUGGAAAACAUUGUAAAGAAAAGAUAUUUUGAAUACUGUUCUGCGAAUGAGCAGAAGAAAAUCAAUGGCCUAAUAUAUGUAGCAUUAAUAGUAUUCCCUGAAGUUUCCUUUACCAUGAUCAUAAUCUGGACAAGUGGUUCCAUGGUCUUCAUCCUGUACAGGCACAAGCAGCAGGUCCAACACAUUCACAAGAAUAACACUUCCCACAGAUCCUCCCCUGAGUCUAGAGCCAUAUUAAGCAUUCUUAUUCUGGUGAGCUCUUUUCUAUCUUUUCAGACCCUCUCCUCCACCUUUCACCUUUGUAUUGCUUUAACUGAUCAUCCCAAUUGGUGGUUGGUGAAUGCUACUCACCUAAUUUCUGUGUGUUUUCCAACUGUCAGCCCCUUUCUGCUCAUGAGUUCUGACUCUACUUUAUCUAGGCUCUGCUUUGCAUGGAUAAGGAACACAAAAUUUCCUAAUCUUAUCACAAAAAUAUAA